CAAGGUUGGAAAGGAACAUCAAGUGCUGGCUACAACGAGGAGUAUCGUGGCUGAUGUACAAAACAUGGUUCGACUCAGUAGUGGCACCCCUUCAGUAGACUAGCUGGUACAAGAUGAGCUGAAGAGUGUCCCGUUCCUAUCGUGGCAUCAUGAAUGACAAGCUGGUGUUCCUGGGACUCCUCUACUUCGUCCAGGGCAUUCCAUAUGGCCUGCAGUCAUCCCUGCUGCCGGUCUACCUGCGUGGGGCUGGUCAUUCGCUCACGCGCAUCAGUCUGACCAAAGCCCUCUUCUUCCCCUGGGUCCUAAAGGUCCUGUGGGCGCCGCUGGUGGACAGAGCAGGCACCAAGCGCCGAUGGCUGGUCGGCACGGUCACAGGCCUGGCCAUGACGUGCCUGGCCAGUGCCUCUUUGUCGCCGGACGCGCAGUUUCUGGGUGUGGCGGGGGCCCUGCUGGCGAUGAACGUGCUGGCGUCCGUGCAGGACAUCGCUGCAGACGGGGCUGCCGUCCGGCUGCUGAGGGGCCAGGGCGAGCUGGGCCUGGGCAACACCGUGCAGGUGGUGGGCUACAAGGCCGGCUCGGUGUUCGCCGGCGGCGGGCUGCUCGCCGUGAUCGACGUGGCCGGCUGGGGCUGGAUGUUCACGCUGCUGGCCUGUGUGUACGGAGGCGUGGCGCUGUUCGUGUGGGGCGCGCCCAUCCUGGACGGGGAGCUGUCCAAGCCCGCCGGGGAGGGCAGGAGAGCCUCCAAAGACGCCCUGCGGCCCUGGAGAGUGUGGCGGAAGCUGAUGUCUGUGCCAGGGACACCGUGGACUGUUCUCUAUGUCCUCACCUACAAGCUAGGUGAGCAGGGUGCUAUGAGCAUGUUCCCGCUCUUUCUGCUGGACCAUCACAUGACGUCCCGUGAGCUGGGCUUGUGGAACGGCAUCAUCGCCAUGGGCUUCUCCAUCGCCGGCUCCUCCAUCGCCGGCCUGCUGCUCUCACAGCACAGCAUUGGGCUGAUAAUGAGGCGUGUGUUUGUGAUGAGGACGGUGGGCAUGAUCUUCCAGAGCUCCCUGCUGACCAUACUGGAGCCAUCGCCACUCAUGAAAGGCAUGUCGGUGUUGAGUAUGAGCGCGCAGCAUUUCCUGGGGGGCCUAAUCACCACCCUCACCUUCACCGUCAUGAUGCACUGCACUCAGCGCGCCGAGGAGAGCAUCCAGGCCACCCAUUACAGUUUCCUGGCCACGCUGGAGGUGCUGGGGAAGUUGAGCUUCAGUGCGCUGGCGGGAGGCCUGGUGGACUCGGUGGGCUUCGCCAUCGCCUACCUGCUCUUCUUCACGCUGUCCGCCAUCUCGGCCCUCCACGUGUGGAAGGCCACACUCACGGGACCCCUCAAGGAGCCCGUGAACACCACCAGCCACGCCGAGAAGUGAAAAAGACACAACUGGACUCGCUUGGUGCCCAUACCGUGUGUGUGUGUGUGUGUGUGUGUGUGUGUCUGUGUGUGCUUGGUUUCAUGUGUGUGUGUGUUCAUCUGUGUGUCACUGUGUGUGUGUGUGUGUGUGUGUGUGUGUGUGUGUGCCAUGGGGGUGUAUGUGGUUGGUUGUAUGUGCUUUGUGUGUUUGAAGGGGCUUGUGAUUCAAAACAAAAACAGCCAGCACAGCCUUCUGAAAACACAGCAUUCCGCAAUUGCAGUUAACCAGCAUUUAGCCACAGAAGCAACUCAGGAAGUACGUUUCUGAGAAAAUGGAAAAAAGAACCAAAAUCAAUCAGUCGAUUUGCAUCUGCGCUGUUGGUCGCGACCUGACAAAACUCAAGGCAACGCUCACCUUUGACCUCUUACUACCUCGCAGUAGUGCUUCAUCUCAUAGUUAGAGCAGAUAGGCUGCAUGAGUGGUAGGUUGGCUUGUUUACUAACAUCUAAUGAAAUAUUAAAGCCGUGCAAUAUAACCUAAGGUAACGCUAUCUGUCAAGCGGACCGUGAAGGUGCUAGGAGACUCGUAGAGUUUGCUCUCAAGAGCAACGAAGCCCUUCUGCUGUGUAACUACAGGUCUACAAAGCAUGAUGUAUAUUUCAGUAUAUUCAGAUCACUUGUGUCACAGUGGGUAAAUCACUGUUAUCAGAAGGACACACAUUAUCUUCAUAUGACUUAUCUUCAUCAGGCUAGGAUAAAUCACCAGGGGAAACACAACACAUAGUGUAGAUUUCCAUUCUAUUGUUUGAUUUUUUGUAUUAUUUCUAAUACAUUAAACAUUAUUAUUUCUACACACAUUAAAGCACACAUAUACGUGUAGCACAGUGUACAGAUUGUGUACAUGGCGUGAAGUUUGCUUGCUAGGAGCUGUAUUGCUCAUCUAGGACCACUGAAUCACUGAUGCCUCAGGGUAUGGAGUUGUAUAGGCCUGAUGUUUGGUUGCUUUGGGGCCGACAAUGGUAAGGUAAGGCAACUAAGCAAUAAUGCUCCUGCUGAAAGAUAGGUGACUUAUGUAAGUGUGAUUUGUGACAGUGAUACUUGAAGAUGCUUUCUGUUCUCAGUAUACCCCUGAGAACGCCUCAGUAGUCCAUUAGUUAGCAUUAGCCUCUUAGCAUUAGCCUCAUAGCAUUCGGUAAGUGUAAGAUGUUAGAUGUAGUGCCAAGUUUACAUAUCUAUAAAAUAGGUGUCAUUACUGCUUAGAGGAAAUCGACUGUGUAAUGUUUUGUUUUUUUAAUUUAUAUUAUUUUUUUAAUAUAUUUUUUUCAUCUUUUUUAUUUCUCUGACCGUGCCAGUUUGUGCUGUCCAGAUGUCCCAUACAGUAUGUUGUCGGUGAGCCUGGUUGUUUAGAGUGUGCUGUGUGCUGUGUGCUGUGUGCUGUGUGUGAGAGUCUGGAGUACUGACUGUGCACUGUGUUGCACUGGAGCUAUGCAGAUGUCUGAUUAUCCAUCCCGCCUGCCAUGUUUGAGUGUCCAGUCACAUGAUGUAAAAUAGAAUGUACAUGUCUCCCAGGGCUUACGUGUUUAUAUAAGAAGAUCAGGCCACGACACUGAAUCUCCAUGAUUAGGAGCCGUAAAUGAGAUACCACACACACACACACAUACACACAAAUGGCUCAAUGUUAUGCAUCAACCCUCCAGGACUUACAGUCUAUCAGCCAUGAUGGUGAUAAUUUCACUAAUUGCAAUUGACAUAACAAUUGAAACACUCUUAUGUUAAUUCUGGUCAUGACAAAGAAUGUCUUCACCUGGGGUGAACUAGAAUCAAGAAUGAACUGUGCCCUUUUUGUUUUAGCUGUGCAGUACUGUCAUUUUGUCGUUCUUGUGUCUUUUCUUCAAUGUCAAGUAUAUGCAUAUUGGAAUUGUGCGAGGUAAUCAUUAGAGCCACUAAUAAAAUUAACCAAUUACUCUAACAGAUCUGGACUUGUUAGACAUCAACAGCGGGAGCUAAUUGUAUCCGUUAUUGAUGAAUUGCAAUAAUUGUAAUCUCCAUUCGUCAUCUAUAUGACAAACUCUUUAUGUAAAGCACACCCUGUCUCUACUCUGUGUGAAGAGGCAUGGCACAAGAAUAAAGCUUCUACAGAUA